AUGCUAACACAAACUAGCGAUAAUUGCCGCUGCAAUAAGUGCGUCAAUCAAGAUACUAUGCAGAGAAAUUAUGAUACUUUUGGAAUCCCAGCAGAGAUUGAGCCCGCGGAGAUCUCGCCCAAAACCGACGGAGUAGAAAUCACAUGGAACGACUCGCAUAAAAGUUACUAUCCUUGGUCUUGGUUUUAUGAAACCUUGACUGCUAGCACAAACAAUCGCCCGCUGGCACAAAACGAAAAGAAACUUUGGAGUGCCAGCAUUGAAAGCAACCCUCCAGAAGUCAAUUUUGAAUCUAUCGUAGGAUCCAAGAACUUGACUGGUCUCGCCGACCUAACGGACAAAAUCCGCACAUAUGGCCUCUGCUUCGUGACCAACACUCCGGCUACACCGGAAGCCUCUGAAAAGUUGUUACAGACCAUUGGACCUAUCCGAAAUACACACUACGGUGGCUUCUACGACUUUGUCCCUGAUCUUGCCUUGGCUGACACGGCGUACACGAACCUGGCGCUCGCGGCUCACACGGACACGACGUACUUUACAGAGCCUGCUGGUCUGCAAGCCUUUCAUCUGCUCUCUCACGCGCCUCCUCCGAAACAGCGACCCGAAGACGCUCUGGGGGGCCAGUCGCUGCUCGUGGACGGCUUCCAUGCCGCGAGGGUGCUGGAGCAGGAGUCGCCCGAGGACUACGAGACGUUGCGCCGGGUCAAGGUGCCGUGGCACGCGAGCGGCAAUCAAGGCGUAGCGAUUGCGCCAGACCGAGCGUAUCCGGUGAUUGAGGGGGGUUCCACAUUGCGCAGGAUUCGCUGGAACAACGACGACCGAGGCGUGAUCCCGCUGGAUGUCGACGUCAAUGCGUGGUACAGGGCGGCGCGCAAAUGGAAUGAGAUUCUGACGCGCAAAGAGAACGAGUACUGGUUCCAGCUUACACCUGGACGGAUGCUGAUCUUUGACAACUGGAGGGUUCUCCACGGAAGAAGCGCAUUCGAGGGCCUUAGACGCAUCUGCGGCGGCUACAUCAAUCGAGAUGAUUUUAUCUCUAGAUGGAAGACCUCCAACUUUGAGAGAGAAGAGGUCAUCUCUCACAACAUGCAGCUGCGAUGA